CGAAUCUGCUGCCUCUGACAGACAGGCAGGCUGUUGGUUGCAAAACGAAAGUGUAGCUGGGAAAAACUUUCUAAGUAUUUGCCCUUCACUUUAGCUUUGAGAAUAUUUAGGACUUUGGUCUUCAGUUUAUGCCCAAAGCGCUGAAGUUGUGGAGGGGCUAAUAAUAUUGAUGGCGGCAUGGGCUCGGCAGAAACACUUGUUGCAGGCUCUAGGCAGGGAUUCUCCACUGUUACCCCGCUGUACCCCCACAUGUGUGCCAUUUAGCAGUAAGGCAGCAGCGAGUCAAAAGAGAGCUGGUGCCCAGUCCUACCCAGUUAUCAAUGGGGAUAUCCCGCCUGUGUGUAGGCAUGUGUAUGAGGCAAACGCCAGGAACAGCCAGCUUUGUGGGCACAGGUAUGCAGAAUUAAUAAAUAAAAUUAAGCAAGGAGGAGGGGAGAGUGCAAUACUGAGGCAUACACAGCGGAAUAAAAAGCUGCUUGUGCGUGAGAGACUGAGAAUGCUUCUGGAUGAUGAAUCGUUCCUAGAGCUGUCCCCAAUGGCCGGUCUGGGUCUACCUUAUGGAGAUGUUCCUUCUGCAGGCUGUCUCACUGGUGUUGGGAAAAUUUGUGGAGUGUGGUGUGUGUUUAUUUCCAAUGAUGCCACAGUUAAAGGUGGCACAGCUUAUCCAAUUUCUGUAAAGAAACAGCUGAGGGCUCAGGAAAUCGCUAUACAGAACAGACUUCCCACUGUUUAUUUGGUGGACAGUGGUGGUGCUUUUCUACCACUACAGGCAGAACUUUUUCCUGACAAGCAACAUGGCGGAAGGACAUUCUAUAAUGAAGCUAUAAUGUCGGCUAUGAAAAUCCCUCAGGUGGCUGUAGUAUGUGGAUCUUGUACUGCUGGAGGUGCAUAUAUUCCAACAAUGGCAGAAGAAACUGUAAUAGUUGACAAGAUUGGAACCAUAUUUUUGGCUGGUCCACCGUUAGUUAAAGCUGCAACUGGAGAAGACGUCUCUGCUGAGAAUCUAGGAGGAGCAAAGCUACAUUCUAGAGUCAGCGGAUGUGUUGAUCAUUUUGCAUCAACAGAAGCAGAGGCCUACACUUGUGCUCGACAUAUUAUUUCAUCCCUAAAUUUUGACCCCGUUCCUGAGGAUUCAUCAGAGUAUGAGAACCCUUUAUACGAUGCAAAUGAACUUACAGGUCUAGCCCCUCUGAAUUACAAGAGCACUCUCAACAUUAAACUGAUUCUUAGCCGACUUCUCGAUGGCAGUAGACUUUUGGAAUUUAAAGCUGAUUAUGGGACAACUUUGGUUGCAGGCUUUGCAUCAGUUGAAGGUAACUUGGUUGGUAUUGUGGCCAAUAAUGGAGAGUUAACACAUGAUGCCUCACUAAAAGGAAGCCAUUUUGUGCAGUUAUGCAACCAACGUGGAAUUCCUCUUCUUUUUCUUCAAAAUACAGCCAGCCAAGAAUCUGUACCAACAAAUGUUGUAAAGGCAGAAGAGCAAACCAACCGACUGAAAGCACAGGCUGCUAUGAUUGCUGCUGUUGCUUGUGCCUCUGUCCCAAAGAUUACCCUCGUUAUUGGUGGCUGCCAUGGGGGAGAAAGCUUUGCCAUGUGUGGCAGAUCAUUUGAUCCAAAUUUUCUGUUUCUUUGGCCUAAUGCAAGAGUCUCUCUGGUGGAUCCUCACAGUGCCUCAGAAAACUCCCAAUGGAGAGAGCAACACCACGCACAUGACGCAGAAGAAAAUACAAAACUGAAGAAGUUAAAGAAAGAGAGCACAGCAUUUUACUCAACAGCAAGACUGUGGGAUGAUGGCAUAAUAUUACCUCAAGAUUCAAGAAAUGUAAUUGGCAAGUGUCUUAGAAUCAUCAAACAGCAAAAAUACAAGGAUUUCACAUAUCAAACUUCCCCUGUAUUCAGAAUGUAAGUUUUAUGUUUAAACUAAUAUAUUUUUAAAUAUGUAAAUAUAUUAUUCACAAUAAAGAUUUAUUAAGAA